AUGUUCAUAAAAGGAAAUAUCCUAGACUUAUCUAUUUCGAGUGGACUCGUAAGAUAUUUAUCUAUUACUCAACAAACUGAUCAAGCAAAGUCUUUAAAGUCCAAAUUUGUAAAGGAUAGUCCAUCAAUUCCAAAGGGUCCAACGUCCGUUUUAAGACGUCGAUAA